AUGGAGCCUAACGCCUUUCACCGAGAAUUUCGCCAUGCGUGCUCCGUUGGCGACAUGCCAAAAGUCCACGAAUCAAUCGCCACCGGCCGCUUAACCGUUGAAGACCUUGACGCCGGACUCAAACAGGCAACACUAAUGUCACACGCCGAUGCUGUGGCUACCCUUUUUGACGCAGGUGCUCGCGUCUCAGAAGGGGCAACGGGCUGUCUCCACGGAAAAGACUUCCACCAGGACCCUCGGAUUGUCCGCCUCUUCCUAGACAACGGCUUGGACCCCAACGCGAGGACUUCUAGCGGCGAACCUCUACUCCCUAUGAUUUUUAAUCCCUCGGCGGCUGCUGUAUUACUCUCUGCCGGCGCGGACCCUAACCUCUGCGGACCGAGAGGAGUCCCUCCCCUCGGCAGGGCUAUCGUGAGCAUCAAGGAACCAGAUACCUCCAUGCUCGAGCUAUAUCUCGAAUACGGCGCGAAAUUGGAAUCAAAUCUACUCUUCUACUCUGUCGCUCCGCGUGUACAGCAGCGCAAACUGAUGACCCGCUUUCUGCUUGACAGGGGCGCAGACCCGAAUGUGACUUCCGACGAAUGGGGCACACCUCUACACCUCGCUGCGAGGCUCGGCGACGUGGAAAUCGCUAAGAUGCUGCUGGAGGCUGGCGCGGACCCCACUGUCCUGUCUGUUGGCAGAAGGAUCGGUAAAAAGAAAAAGACACCAGCGCAGGUGGCUGAGUACGUGAGACAUACCGAGACCCGCGAGGCGAUACUCAGUCUCUUCCAGGGUUCCUCUCGCUAA